AAACGAAACCAACGGAUGAAUAAAAACAUAAUUCAAAGUGGCCACGUCUUCUAUCUCUCUCUCUCUCUCAUCAGUCACCGCUUCCCUGAAUUCUAGGGUUUCAUGGAUCUCUAGCACCAUUCCCCUCCAAAGGAAUCACGCAAAAAGAUUUGAUCUUUCAAACAUUUCAUGGGCAUUGCUUGAGUUUCUUUCUUCAACCCCAUAUAGGGAGCUCUUAUCCAAGUCUCACUGGAGGUUCCAGAGAUGGAGACCAAGAAACCUGAAACUCAUAUGACAUCAGCUGUAGCUUUUGUGGAAGGAGGAAUUCAGGAUUCCUAUGAUGAUGCUUGCAGCAUUUGUCUUGAAGAAUUUUGUGAAAGUGAUCCUUCAACGGUGACUAAUUGCAAUCACGAGUAUCAUCUCCAGUGCAUCCUUGAAUGGUGCCAGAGAAGCUCCCAGUGUCCCAUGUGUUUGCAAUCUAUCAAUCUGAAGGAUCCCACAAGUCAAGAAUUGCUUGAGGCAGUAGAGCGGGAGAGGAACUUCAGGGCUGCUCCAUCCAGAAAUGCCACUAUAUUUCGUCAUCCUACUCUUGGCGAUUUUGAAUUGCAACAUCUACCAGUUGGUGCAAGUGAUUCUGAUCUUGAAGAGCGAAUUAUCCAGCACUUGGCUGCUGCUGCUGCUAUGGGAAGGACCCACCACUUCAGUAGAAGAGAUGUCCAAAGGAAUAGGCAAUCUUCCCAUGGUCGUCCACACUUUUUGGUAUUUUCUACUCAUCCUGGUGCACCGUCUUCUGGCCAUGUUUCUUCUUCACCGACUGAGGUGGGAGGGGAAAAUGAACCGGCUGCAGUUUCUGUAGCUAAUCCAUCAUCUCCAAUUGCAUUUUGUGGGGAUCCACCACCACAACAAAACCUACAAUUUCCUUCUGCUGUGAUGGACCAAGGUUCCUCUGCAUCUGGAUCUGCCAUCAUGCGUACCAAUCAUCAAGGAAUGUCCUUUAAUAAUCGUACUGCUAGCCACUCUUCAUCACCAAAUGAAGACAGAGGAGGCCCAUCAGAAUUUCAGUCUUUUUCCGAGUCUUUAAAGUCUAGACUUAAUGCAGUGUCAAUGAGAUACAAAGAAUCUAUUUCGAGAAGUACAAGAGGGUGGAAGGAGAGGCUGUUCUCUCGUAGCAGUUCAGAUCUUGGUUCUGAAAUCCGGAGAGAAGUAAAUGCUGGAAUUGCAAGUGUAUCUUGUAUGAUGGAGCACCUUGAAACCGGAGAUAAUAGUAGGGCUAACCAAGUCUCUGUACCAACUCGUUCAACUGAUUAUUCAGUUGCUGAAAGGAGCAACCAGAAUAAUGCCAACACUGGUAGACAGAGCCCUUUAAAUGAAAGCAAUACACUGGCUUCCUGUGCUGCAAGCCCAGCUUCUACUUAGUGGUUAAUGAUUGUUUCAGGUUGUCUAUCCUCAGCAUUUCAUCUUUGAAGGACGUAAACUGCUUGGCUCCAAAUAUGACAUGCUGAGGAAAAGAUGCUUUGGUAUUAAAGGCCAGGAGACUCUUUGCCUGAAAAUGAAUAAGAGCGGUAAGACAAUAUUGAGAGAGCUUCCAUGUAGACAGAUUUAUGAACAAAUUAUCUAUGUAAAUUUGUUUGUCACUCAGAUUUGUUUCCUAAACAGGAAUUAAUUAUAUAUAACAAGAGAACAUCUGCACAGAACGUGUAUGUGGAAUAUGGAUGGCUUUAUUCUUGCA